UCGGGAGAGAUAAAAAAAGAAGCAGAACCGCAGCGGACAGACGUUCAUCUCAAAAUUCUGUCAGUUGCAUGGAUUCCACGUCCCCACCACUCCACCUCACCUGGUACCGCGUGUGGUCAUCCGACCAGAGCACUGGGAGAUGGCGGGAAUGCUUUGUGCCACAACAUGCACUAGCUUUCCAUGGUCUUCGGAUGUUUCCUCCGUAGCCUGUGCUGCACCCGCCCGUGGGCACUCGGUGGUAAUUUACCAAAUCUGACUGCACAGCUGGCUGCGCAGGCAGAAUGACAACCACGCUGCAAAUGUGCACCGAGGACUACUCCUCCACUGUCUACCAACAUGCGUCCAACCAUUGCCCGUAGACGUGCGUGCCCACCUGGGCAAGGACAGAGGCGGGCGGGCAUAAACGGCAGUCUUCAGGGUCACCUGAAGACAAGGAAAAGCACCGUGAUAUUAUCCAGCCCAAGCCACGGACGGGGCCACAUGACCACAACCAUGUACACGAGCACGUGGAUACUCCCUUGCUUGCAUGGGAUGAGGUGACAGACAGAAUCGCUGGGGAAAGAGGGGGCAUGAGGGGUUGUCCCAGGUGAGUAGGCUCAUGGCCGUCAUUCCAAAAACACGGUCUUUAGGCUCCGAAUGACUCGACUUUGUUCAACAAAUCUCUUCAGCCCGGCAACUGAACGACUACUCGGCUCCACAGCUCCUUCUCCCUCCUUCUCUCUUCUCCUUUGCCGGGCAUGAAAAGGAUCUACAACUCUUGCAACAAUACGACGCUGACCAUGAAGUACGCUGCCCGGACGCCUCGGGUUUGGGCCGUCGUCCCACCAAUUUGCCGCACGCAGAGCCCGCGGAGGAGCGUAUGAUGGGGCAUGUCCGAAAUUUCCCAUGACAAACGACAACUGCAGCACCGUGGCCCAUGGGGCUGCGUGGGUCCAGUCCUCUUCUUCCCCUUCGUCGCCCUGCGGAUACCCACAUCGCAGUCCUCACUGAGGCUGAGAAGAUUGGGUUCACAAGAGGUUGACUCGGGCGCCACAAGGCCCAGCUACGCGUCCCCUCUGUGGUGGGACAGCACACCCGGCAGCCUGGGAUAGACCUUUUCCUCUGCUCUCUCAACUUUAGAAGGCGUCGGACGAGGAUGCGGCAGGGGAGAGACCGCAGCGGUGCACGAUGUGGUGAUUCCAUUUGCUGCGAGUAAUCCAUGCUGUCGAUCACUAGGGCAGAGACAGAUCCAGCUGGGAGGACGGCAUGGGCUGUCUCUCUUGCGCAAUAGUCGCCAUUGUGUGAGGUGACACUCGCUCAUUUAUUCUCCUGUUUUCGCUGCAUCUUCAGCCAUCUGGAGUUCUCCUGGACUAUAGACAUUCGUUUUGUUCUUUUGGAUUCCCUGUCUCAUAUUGACCCAUCCCUUCGGUCAAGGAGAGCCUCUGGCUCCAUUACAUUCUUUCCCCCAUUCUUAGUCAUUUAUUCCACUCUUUGGCUCGUCAGCCCUUCACUGUUGGCUAUAGCCAGCGUACGAUCGUUCUAGUUCGGAAUGAGUGGAGGCAUAAAGAGGUCUGCGUCGGUCAAGGUGCAGAAAGAUGUCAUCAUCCCUCAGAGGUUGUUUUCCGCCUCGAGGAGAGGAGGGGACGACUAUCCGUCCUUCUCGAACACCCCCAACAUCCGCGGUCACCGAAGACAACCCUCUCGCAUACACAAUGGCUUCGUUCCCAGUGGACCCCGCCAUCCACAAAGCCAUGAUCCGGACCAGGACGAGGGCACGUACGGGCCGGUCCAGCAGGUCCUCGACGAAUAUAGGAGGCGCUCAUUCUUGCCACCCUCGGACAAGAGGACGUCGUGGCACGACACUCGGGUAUCAGGCAGGCCCAGGAAAACCAGCGACCCGGUGACGGAUCGCGACAGACGCUCCAUUCACCGGUCUGUGUACCCGAAAAGGACGGCAGAUCAAGACGUCAAAGCUGGGAUAACACAAAGCCACGACACUGAGGCGUUUCCGGAGUUUGGGCCCCAGCCCAAACCUCAGCACCGAUUUCCGCUCCAGGACCGAUCCUCCGAUGUGAUAUCAUCGGUCUGGGGGGACGAGGAGUCGACAUACGGCCCACAAGAUGUUCCGAGGCGCAACAAUACAGUGCGGAGGGUAGUCGAUGCCGUGGUGCCAGACAAGGUGCAGGAGACUGCGCGCAACGUCAUCGGCCGCGCGCGUCGAAGCUCAAUGGCCGAGGUUUACGAGAAAGCCAAGGCCAGGGGUGUCGAGCUGCAACGGAAACGGUGGGUGGAGGUUCUGUUUGAGUGUACAAUCUACACCAUAUUGCUCUGCUUCAUCUACUUUGUCUUGAUCGGUUUGCCUCUGUGGAAAGGGGCAGUCUAUUGGAUGUAUUGGUUAGUAUCAACGAAAUUUGUCAUCGCGGGAGGUUGGUCCAUCACCAUCGCCAUCGCCGCGUUUUACUCGUUUGCUCCUCUUCUCAUCUUCUUCGAGAGGGAGCCACCAGUCGUGGACCACCCGGACGAUUUCGACCGGGCCUCGAUACCGGGCGUCGCGACAACGGCACUUCUCAUCCCCUGCUACAAAUCCGCAAAUCUCAUCGGCCCUACUCUCGAAGCGGCGCUGAAGGUCUUCCCCGCCUCGCACAUCUUUGUCAUCGCCAACGGAAACUCGGAAACGCCCCUCGACAACACCGAAGAGAUUUGCAUUCCGUACGGCGUCAACCACAUCUGGUGUCCCGUCGGCUCCAAGAUUGUCGCGCAGUUCGUGGGGUGCUACGCAGCCAAGGGCUUCAAGAAUGUCCUGCUCAUCGAUGAUGACUGCGCGCUUCCGCCCAACUUCCCCGUUGUGUCUGAGCGCCUCACCGACAAGGUGCGCUCCAUCGGCUACACUAUCAAGAGCGUUGGGCCCGGGUCUUCCAAAGGAACAUACUGUCAACAGGCGCAAGACCUAGAAUAUAAGAUCUCGGGCCUCCAGCGGGCCUUGGCCGGUAAGAUGGGCAGCGCGACGUUCCCCCAUGGUGCCAUCUCGCUCUGGGACCGCAGGUUUCUCAUCAAGACAUUUCACGACCACCCAGGCUUCUCGGUUUCGGAGGACUGGUUCUUUGGCCACAGCUGUCGCCGCCUCGGCGGGAGGAUCAAAAUGUGUACGUCAGUCUUCGUCGAGACGGAGACUCCGCCCGCUGUGUUCUUCAGCAGUGGAGGCAGCCGCGGUGGCUUCGGCGAGAUGACCGUCUUCAAGCAGCGCUUUCUGCGGUGGAAUUUCUUCUUCGUGAACGGGAUGUGGUACAACAUGCACUACAUCCUGACAAGCUGGAAGCUUGGCUGGUGGGAAAUCGGCGCCAAGCUGUUUGUCUUCCAGGAGGUCUACGAAACCCUCUUGUACCUCUUCACCCCAUUCAUCCUGCCAAUCUCAUUCAUCGUCUCGCCCGCAUUCUGCGGGUUUCUGCUGGCUGGCACAAUCGUGCUUUAUCUCAUCAAUGUGGUUAUCUUUAACGAGGUCCACCUGCGGAUGCGCAACGAGCGGAUCGGCUGGGAUGUGCUUUUGAUUUACUACAUGCCGUACAAGCUAGUCCUCACGCUUGUCAACGUCGCGAGCUGCUACUGGAGCCUGUUCAAAUACGCUCGCUACUUCGCAAAGAGGCACCCCAAGGUCGUCGAGGACGAGAGGGCCGUUGGGGUCGUCCUGCGCCUGGAGGAGACCACACCCGUCACGAAGGAGGAUACCAUCUUCGAGGACGAGUCAAAGGGCGGCAGGCGCAUGAGCGUCGCCGUGCUGGGCGUGCAGACCAAUCCUAGGGCGAGCGCUCGCUUCUCAUACGUCGGGAGCGGCAACGACACGAUAUCCGUCAGCAGCCCUCACAGCCCUAACUCGCCAUAUCCGAUGCCUCCGAGCCCCACGGCGCCUUCGUCCCGAAGCCCAUAUGAGCCGUUGUCGCCAGGGUGCGAGCCUAGAAAAAGGGUGUCAGCCCAUGGGCCUUAUUUGGUCGUGUCCUCCGAGGCUGGCCCGUACGUCCGGUCCAGCCCUGGUGGCCCCGGCCCAGGCGGCGAGGGCUUUGUGAUUCCCGAGUGGACUAUUGUGCAGCCGCCGCAGAUGGCUCAUGUAUGCGGAGCGAGCAAUGUGGUUCACUUUGACGCGUCACUCAAGGAGAAAGCUGGGCCGGGCUCGAUAUACGCUAGGAGAUGCAACAGCUUGGUAUCAAGGAAUCUGUUAUGAGGGGGUUUCAAGAUGACGUUACAAUAACAGCAAUAGUAUUGUUCGAUUACGGGUGCUUACUCUAGGUUCACUGUUACAUAUCUAUCUCGUUUCCCUAGGUACCAUGGAAGCAAUCUAUAAUCGGCAUAUAUGAGGUUAGACGGUGUAGUUACACUAUAUUAUUCUCUUUACUUUAUCUUAUCUUUAAAUAAAAUUACUCUAAGUUAA